AAUGUACAUACUUGAUUAGUUUUAGUAGUAUGUUUUUUUAUUAUUUUAUUUCUAGCAAUGGAGUAUAGGUAAAACAAUCAGCUUACGAAGAAAAUACUCUUCCUGAAUUUUCCGAAGUAGUAGUGUACACAGCUAAAUUAUUUCGGAUAAUGGAUUGUGUUGUCAAGUAAUUUGAUGCCUGUCCUAAGAUAUGGGCGUUUGGUAAGGCAGUGACCAUGCAGAUGAGGUAUUUACACCAUGUUGCACUGGUGUUGUUUUUUAUUUUGUUGUUUGAGAAAGAAGAAGCUAAAUCCUGGAAGGAUUAUAACCUAACUGUUGGACCACUUGAAAAUGAAUCAGGCAGAUAUGUAUAUAAUGCAUCAGUUGGAGGGAAAACACAUUGUCGUUACUGUGACCUGAAAGCUUUGAAGGACAGCACUUACAGUUACCUACAGCAACCCAUGUGUAUCCAGAAAUAUAAUGGGAAAAAGGUAGACGAGGAAGUGCUGCCAGAUGAAAAAACAGAAAUGAAGUAUCCAUUGUGUGAUAGAGGAGAUGUCCCAGGCUGUGGCCCUCCACCUGACGUGAAUAAGACAAAGAAUCAUGUAUGGAAGUGUGAUCCAGGUAUCAGCCUUGUCCUGUACUCUGUGUAUUUCUCGUGCGCUCUUGUAUGUAACGUUACAGACAAAGUUGAGUGGAAUUAUUAUUGUAAUGAGACUCUUCAAUGGCAUGCACAAAGGUCUACACCAUGGCAACCGUGCGAAGUUCCAGUGACAGUUACUCCUGAAACACGGUGGAAAGUGAUUGUAACAGGAAGUGUCAUAGGAGGACUGGUUCUGAUCAUAAUUUUUGUAAGUGUAUGGCGAUACCGGAGACAGAAAAGGGCGAGAUCCAAUGAAAAUGUAAAUGUAAAUGGACCAGGUGUACCAGAGAACCAACCAUUAGCAGACUUGGGAAUGAAAAAUGACCAGAUCGAGAGAGGAGAACAAGACACUAGGAUAGGUAUACCGGAUGAAGGUACCCCUGAUGUUAGCUUAGGAAGUCAUACCUCAAGUAGUCAUGGAAGCAGUGUAACAGCCAGUGUUGGUACAGGAACUAGUAGUGAACAUCAGCCAUUACUUCCUCCUGCUGGUUCCCACACUAGAGAUAUGGCUUGCAGCACAGAUGGUAAUGGUAUCCUGACUGGAAAAACAGAAGAAAUAGGUGCUGUUGGAGGCCAGCCACUACCAAAUGGGGCUAAAGAGAGUACAGUACAGGAUGAUAGUAGUGGCACUCAGCAUGAAGUGAAACCAAGCAUUAGCAUAAUAUUGACGGAGGGUGGUGAGAAAAAACAAAGUAUUCCAUUACAAGGAGAUUUAUACUCCAUCACUAAAGGUAGAGACUUUGCUAUAAUACCAAAUUCUACUGGAGGACUUACAGUGAAACAAUUUAAUAUAGAUAGGAAAGAUAUGGGCAAGCCUUUCCGUGGAAAGAGGUUCAAUUUUUGGUAUGUGGUUGAGAAGGCCACAGAAGAUGAUGCAGGGUUGUUCAUAUGGAAGAUGAGAUUAGAAAAUAAUGUAGAGCACAUUGGAAGCUUUGAAAUUGGUAUCUCUGUGCCCCCUCUACAAGUGUUUUCAGAUGUGCGAGUACCACCCAUUGGUCAAGAAGAUGACAAUCGCAACCCUAGUGUUUUUAACCCAAGAAAUCCACUUGCUGUACAGCCCCAGCAGCCAUCUAGUACACCACCUUUGAAGGUUGAUUCCCUUUUGAGCUGCACAGAUAAGAACACCACCAACAACAAUAUAACUGUAAAUCAUUGCCAACAGCAACAGUGUAGGGCAGAGAUUAUUCCGGUCAAAGCACACAGCAUUAACCCUCUCCUAAAUCCUCCACCCUUAAUCGGUUCCAGUCUGUUUGAAAGUGGUCAGCAAGUGCAUUCAGUGGAUUCAGGCUUACAGACUGGACAUAGACCUAGCUCUGAGGGGAGAAACAGCUCUCAUGCGUCAAGUUACCCAACUCCUAACAGGAUGAAUGGACAAAAUCACAGUGAUAAUGCAGGCAUUAGAUCUGAAGAUUUGAGAUCUAGAACAAGUGGAUAUGAGUCUCAGAGUAGCACGGAAAUAGCGCAGCAAAGAUUUGGUGCACAUUUUAAUGGUGUUCCGAAUUUGAAUGUAUUAUCAUUUGAGUCUGGAAAUGUAACAAAUAUUUCUGCAGAUAUACAUAGAGUGGUUGAGGAGGACUUGAGUGAUAUUCCUGAGGAUAUACAUAGAGAAGAUGAGGAGAGUUGUAGGCCAGACCCAGCAGGUGGCGCUUCACUUGCACCCCAUAUAGAGAGCCAUAGAAAUGAUAACCCAGAUGAUCAAACAUUUAGAAAAUAUGUUGACAGUGAUAUACAGCAACAUGCUGCUGCUGCUGCUGAUGAUGAUGAUGAUGUUGUUAAUGAUGACACCGACAGUAUAUCUGAUAGGCUGGAUAGUAUAGCAUUACAGAAAGAACAUUUAUUUCCGAACUCUGAUGAACACAACGAUGAAAACACUAUUGCAACUAAUGAGAACACUAACCCAAGAGGAGAAACUGAAGAAAUAGAGCAAGAGAAAGACAUUGAAAAUCAUGUACCAGACACUUCUGAGAGAAAAACUGAAGAAAUAGAACAAGAGAAAGAUGUUGAAAAUCAUGUAGCAGACACUUCUGACAGAGAAGAUGAUUCUAGUAGUUAAUAGUGUUAUUACAUUAGAAAAAGUUUAUAAUUUUUCACAUAUCACCAAGUGAUUAGUUUAGAAUGAGUACAAACAAUUGUAUCUUAAACACAUUUCCGGUAGUCGCAGUGGCUUUCAGAAAUAUGAAACCUUGACUAUAAUAAUUAUAUUCUCAUGCAGUCGGGAAAUCUAGGUUCUAGUUUGAUGUCAUGUGUGGAUAAACAGAGAAAAAUAAAUAUGUUUAGAAAAAUCAUUGGUACAGCUUAUCACCAAACAGUUCACCAAAGUGGGGAAAAAAAGAUUGAUUUAAAGUUCAAUAAAAUUUCAUCAUAGAAGUAAAUAACGGAAAAUAUUGAAAUGGAAGAAACUGGUAUAGUUUCAAAUAGCAUGGUUGAACCAGUUCUGGCUCCUAUAUGUGAGUGGUUUUUGAGAGACGAGGUAUUGUUUCAAGAAACAGAUAUGAAAAGAGAUUAAUUCAGCACAACUGAAUGUGCAGAUGGUGAAAAUUCUUACAAACUGGAAGAGGUUGGAAAGUUUGUCACUUGUUAUUUAUUGAAGUUAAUUUAUUGGAAGAAAGGUGACUUGUUCAAAUACCAGAAGGUAGCUUUGACUGACAAAGUGAAUGCCAGUGAAAUGAAAUGCAAAGUUAAAUCUAGUAUGUCAAUUUUUUUACGCACAAAGUAAUUUUACCUGGGCAUUUGAAAGUAAUUAUGUUGUUAUUAUGGAGCAUGACUUCAGAUGUAAAUGAUAGUUGCAGGGGAGUUUCAGAUGAUGUACCGCUAAAACUCCACCAUUAAAAUGAAUGUUUUUUUGGUUUUUUUUUAUUUAAACCUCGCCUAUGCUGAAAUUACUUUAUUAAUUAGUUAGAAACAUAUUCAGUGUUUG